AUGGAGUUUGACGAAGACGUCGCACCGCUGAUGCAGAAGAUGGACGGGGCGCUCGCCCGCAUGCAGACGGAGCUGCUGCCGCUCCUCGCCGCCCUUGACGAGGACGUGCUGGUGUCGCACUACAGUGUGGACGAGCAGGCCCGCAUCUCACUUGCUGCCGCAUUCGCGCUCGUCUUGCUGACGUACGCACACGACCGGCUGCAGUACAACAAGCGCGCGGCGGCCGUCGACCCACAGGUGCAACUCAAGAUGGACCGCGUCGUGGAGUACAUCAAGAAGCUGCGCGAAAUCACACAACUCCACACCAAGCCCCAACAGCAGCAAGAGGAACAGCAAGAGGAACAGCAGCAACCGAAGGAGACGACCGGUGGCAAGGGGGGUCGGAAGCGAGCACGUGUAGAGGCAGGCGACGCAAAGAAGGAAUCCACGAGCGACGAUGCAAUGCACGCAGCUGGCGGCGAGGCGACCGCUGAUCCCUACGGUGACACAAUUCUCUUCAAGGAGGUGGAGCGCGGUGUGGGAAAGGCGUCGGCGUUGCUGCAGAACCUGCUGGGGCAUGUAAAGGCAUC